AUGACCGCGCUAUACGCUCCCUCGGGUGCUGCCCAGCUGUAUUCCCAUCUGCUAAGGAGAUCGCCACAGAACAGACUCGUGGUAUCACACCAGACACGCCGUCACCUCAUGGGCUUUGUCAGAAACGCCCUGGGGUUGGACCCUCCACCCUCUCCAGACGAUCCGACCCCGGAGAACCGGUUUCAUCCAUGGGAUCAGUCGCCCUCGGUGGACUUGCGUGAGAGGGCCGCUAAGAUCAGAACCCUGGCACACUGUCCUGUCACCGGCAAAGACAUCAACUACACUUGCCCUCUCUCAGGGAUCCCGACACACCAUUCGCGGGAGGCGUGGGAGAUGGAUAAGGCAUAUCACGAUUCCAAAAAAUAUGAAAUUUUGAAAAAAGUUAACAUUUACGAGCACGACUUGAGAAGCGGUAGGCCUUUCCCUGAGUUUGAUUUCCCUCAGCAUCAGGGCUAUGACAAGGCCGUCAACCUCACCAACUGGGACUUGUUCCUUUACACAAGGUCCUUCUAUUCCAUGGAUACAGAGUUCCAAUUGGCUGCGGUCACCAAGAUGCUGAGUUACCCAAUCACUAUCGGGUCGCUGUUACACAAAUUCUCCCCAUAUUCGCUAAACCCCAAGGGGCCCAUCACUUUAGAAGGCUUGAAGUCUUUGGCCGCUCUCAGGUACACUUUAUACCCGCUGGAAAAUAGAUCUGUACUGGCUACUACGAGGAAUCGUGCCAUGAGAAUUUUCAUUCUGGGUGCCCGUGCUGAAGCUCAGUUGCCGGGCCACGUUUGGAAACAACUCCAGUUUCUCUUCCCAGAACAAAAUUUCGAAAUCCACUUCAUCGGGCCUGAAUGUCUAUACAAGAGAGAUAAACAGGAAUAUGUCAAAUCCGCCACACCGGUAGUGCAAAGAAUAGAUGAAACUUUGAAGUUCAUUCACCACACCGAUUUCUUCCAAGUUUUCCACGAAGCUCAAGAUUUUUUCCCCUAUGAUCCAUACAUGGAUGUCUUUUUUACGUUCCAUCCUGGUUACGCAUCCCCAGAGUCUCACGGUUCGUGGAUGGGCGAAACAAUGAAGGCCCUACUAGAAACUAAGUGCGCCAUCUUUACUACCGGUUUCAACAAGAAAGAUUUAAUGGACGACUUAAGCCUGGUCAAGUCCAAAUACGGCAAAGAAAUGGAUAUCCUGAUGGACCCAGUCAAGAACGUGUUUGGAAGUACCAAGUGGGAACUGAACGACAUGGACCCUCAAGAAGUUUACCAAUUCAACAUGUACAUUGCCGGUUUCAGAGGUAAAAGGUACCAUACAAUCAAGAGACAAUGA